CCGGCCGCCGCAUCAUCUGCCCCGGGAGCGCUAUGGCCGACGCGCCGUCAUUCAUACAGUGGCAGGUCUUUCCGGAGGACAAUAGCAGCACCGGACCUGGCCGGGUGAAGGGACACUCUGUGAAUGUCUUUCGGAAUCAUCUCAUUGUUUUUGGUGGCCUGUCCGCGGACAUCCCCCACCCGCAGGCCACCCGGCGUUUGUGUCUGCUGGACCUGAACACCAAGAAGUGGCACCGGAUCAUUUACAUCGAGGAUGGCGACGUGGACGUGUCCAGCUGGUCGUCCACCCUGGCCGAAGUGACCAACGCCGCCUUCCAGCCGAAGAGCGCCGCACACCCGGACGGGCAGAAUGCCAAGUCCCUGGUGUUGAAGUCCAUUUCCGAGCUGAACAGCGUUGUCCGGCAGCUGUCCAUCUCCUCCGAGGGGACGACCAAGCGCGCGGCCGGGGCAGCGCCGCUGGCCGAGACGCCACGUCCGCCGGGGACCGCGAUCCUGCCGGGCCCGGGCGGCCGCGGGGGUUCCUCGGCGGCUGCCCAUCUGCUCGGGGUCCCCCGGCCGGCCAAUGCCCCGGGGAUCCAUUUGCCGGACUCGGAGGCGGAUUUGCCUGGGGUCGUUGGCGAGCCUGGCGGCCGGCGAUCGGUCCCAGCCUCGCCGCCCCCUCCGGCCGGUACUUCCAACCCGGCGCUCAUCUCGGUGUCCUACAGUGCGGAGCAGAUCAGCGCGCGCUUUGGCCACGCGGCCACCUUCGACGGGACGGAGGACAUCUCGGACGAUGGGCAGAUCCGUUGGCCGCGGCUCUUUGUCUUUGGCGGCAUCAGUGCCUCGGGCACGGUGCUGGGGGACUUUUGGUGCUUUGAUUUCGCCGAGUGCCGGUGGUUCCCCAUCAUCUCGGAUGCCUCGCCUGAUGCCCGGCCGUCACCGCGCUUUGGGCAUGUGCUCUUCUACCAUGACCAUGCGCUGUAUCUGCAUGGCGGCACGCCGGACGGCGUGCGGGCCUUCAGUGACAUGUGGCGGUACAGCAUCGUCGCCCGGCGGUGGGAAUGCAUCCUCGACGCCCGGGAGGCGCCGGAGGACUGGCACCUGGCGCGGUAUUUCCACACGGCCACCGUCGUGGGCCGGGAGUUUUUCAUCUUCGGUGGGCUUCGAUCUUCGGCCGGGACGCCGGCCAGGCUCGAGCCGGCCCCGGCAGGACUGACAGCCACUCCCGGCUACCAUGCGCUCAGUUGGUCGGACCCGGUGGCCGUCGCCCGGGGCGCGGCCGCCACACCGGCCGCACCUCCCUCCUCCUCCUCCUCCUCCUCGACGUCAUCGUCGUCAUCGAUAGCCGAGCCGCCGACCGCCGGAAUGGGUCUCUUGAAGCCGGCUGAGCGGGCCACCGGCCGGGCGGCUGGCCAUCACCCCGCCGCUGGCGGUGGUCAUGGUGCUGGUGCGUGGGGCCCUGUCGGUGAGUCUCGGCCGGCAGCCCCAGCGACUGCCCCGCGCACCAGGCCCAUCCCUUCGGCUCUGCGACGCUUCCGGGCACCCGGCUGGACAGGCCAGGACGGCGGCACGGCGGCCGCGGCACCGGAGCCGGGCCAGCCGCCGGCCGCACAAUCGCCCGCGGCCGACACACCGGCAGCGGCCGGGGCGCGCGGUGGCCGGCCACAAUCGGCCGUCUUCCCGCGGGCCGGCCUCUCGCCGGCCGCCUCGCUGGAUUACCUGAAUGGCGGCAUGUCGCCCGGGGGCUCGCCAGCGGCAGGGGCCCCUGGAAUCCCGGGGACCAACCACCCGCCGGUCUCGGCAACUGGCGGGGCUGGCGGGGCUGGCGGGCCGGCGGCCGACUCCUCCGGCGUGGGUGCCUCGGCGGACUUGCUCUUUUCGGACUUCGACUUCUCGCUGUCCCCUUACUCGCAGAGCUCGGCCAAUCCGCUGUUCGUGAAGAACCCGCUGUUCGAGCUGGAUGAGGCCGGGCCACUGGGGCCCGGGGCCGGGGCCGAGCUGGCCGGGGCAUCCCUGGCACCGACCUUCCCCCCGGGCAUGACCCCCGAGCACAUGGGGGAAACCCUGCGGCAGUUGUCUCUGGCGGACAUGUGCCGCUUCAAGCUGGACAAUCUGUCCUGGAGUAAGCCCAUCCUGACGCCGCUGCUGUCGCGCACCACGGCCCCGCAAAAUGAGACGCACUUCCCGUCGAUGUACUCGCUGCCACAGAUGCCGGCGCAGUUCCGUCACUCGGCCAUUCCCCUGGGCGAGGAGUAUGUGCUGCUGUUCGGAGCCGAGCCGCUGGCAGCCGGCCCCCUGGGCGGGGCGUCCCCCGGUCCCGGAAGCGAGGGCCGGCCCUCGCAUGACAUCUGCCGGAUCGACAUUUUCAGCGUCCGCGCCAACCGGUACUUUUCGAUCAGUGUCCUGCCGCCGAUGAAGCAGGACACGGAGUUCCCGCUGCAAUUCCACACCGUGGUCACGGACAGCCAGCACCUGUAUCUGAUCGGCGGCGACCAUCAUCGGGGCCUGUCGAACUACCUCUGCGCCUUUGCCAUGAACUUCCUGAUCUUGCAGCAGUUCUUCUCGUUCUUGAUCUACAAGCGCUCGGAUUUGUCAUACAACAUGCUGAACUACCUGGUGCGGAUGUUCUUCCGGUCGGCGCAGGGGGCCUCCAGCGCGUCCGGCACCGCGGCCCCCGGGGCCGCCGCGGCUCCCGCCACCUCGCAUGAUUAUCUGGGCCUCGGGACGUCCUUCCUGUCGCUCUUGGCCCGGCCCGGGCAUACCGCGGCGGCGGCGGCGGCGGCGGCGGCGGCGGCGGCGGCGGCGGCGGCGGCGGCGACAACGACAACCGGCCCCUCGCUGGCUCCUAGCACGCCGAAGACCGGGCCCUUGGGCGCCGGUUCUCGGGGCACCCCCUCGCCGCUGGGGGCCAGCCGGUCGCAGGACACCUCGCCGCCGGACCGCCUCACCUCGGACGGCAUCAGCGCCCUGUUGCAUGAGCAGCUGGCCGGAGUGGACCCCGGCACCGGGCGGCCACACUCGCGUUGGGAGGAAUUCCCGGCGGUGUCGGCGGCAGCCGGCGGUCUGUGGGGCGCCCCGCCGGCCGAAGGUGGUGCCGCCGAGUUGGGCGACCCGCUGGCCGGCCCGCACCACCACCACCACCACCACCACCACCAGUGGCCCACCUCCCGGGGGGAGAAAGUCGAGCAGGAUGUGGGCCGAAAUGCGGCGGCGGCGGCGGCGGCUGCGAUGGCGGCGGCGGCAGCGGCGGCGGCCGCCGCCGAAGCCACGGCCAUAGCAGCCUCCCCAGCGGCCUCCUCUGCCUCCCCUCCCGGUGCCGGGCCGCGGAUGCUCUCCCCCUCGACGCCUUCGCCGGUGCCGGAGAACCUGCCGGACUUGGCGGAAUUGGGUGUCACCGUGGUCGGGGCCCUGAGCGCCGAGGAGCAGCGCGUGCUCGAGGCGCGGCGGCUCCAGUCGGAGAAGGUCCGAACGCUGAAGAUCCAGGACGAGCGGCGCAUCAACCGGCAGAUUGUGGAGCAGCUGAAGAUCUUCAAUGAGCGCCACCUGAUGCGGGACUGGCAGUACUCCUCGCAGCCGGGUCUCCUGGUCCGGCACCACCCUCGGCGUCGGCCGGCUCGCGAGGCCGAGACCGACGCCGGGGAGGACACCGUGGCCCAGGCCGCGGCGGCAGCCGCGUCGGCCGUGUCCCUGUCCAACACGCUGCCGAUCACCGGGCGCGUGAGCAUGCUCAGCUCGGCGGUGUCCGGCGUGGCGCAGUUGUCUUCGGCGAAUGCGGCGGCGGCGGCGGCGGCGGCGGCGGCGGCAGCAUCAGCCACCACGGCCUCGGCCUCGGCCCUUCCGUCGGCGUCGCUGCCGCUGUCGCGCUCGCGCACCGACCUGCCCAUCGCCGAGGGGGGCGGGUAUGCGCCGGAGGCGGGGGCCGAUGGGGGUGCUGGCUUCCCGGGGUUUGGCUGGGCGCGGCCGCAGCCGCCGGCGCCGGCGCCGGCCCCGAUACCGCCGCAGCGCUCGGCCUCCGGGCUGUCGCUCUACUCGGACCCUGGGCAUCAUGCUGGUGUGUCGGUGGCCGCGGUGGCCGGCUCGCCGUCAUCCAGCCGGUCGUUCCUCGGAGACGCGGGCUCCAUGCAUGAUGGGCGCCCUGGUGGGUACUUCGCCCCGGAGGGGGUCUACUACAAUCCCUCGCACUCGCGGUCGCCCUCGGCUUCAUCGACGUCGAGCGCCUUCGGCAUCCGGUCCUCCUCCUCCUCAAUGUCCUCGCUGUCCUCCUACGCCUCGAAGACCAGCAUGUUCUACUCGGAGCCGCUGCCGGUGUCGCCCUACCUGAAGCCCAACCUGAGCAUCAUCUCGCCGGAGAACCCGCUUGCCAUCAAGGUCAACAUUCGGCUCGAGGAGGGCACGCUCAUCCGGUCGUCCUUCUUCAAAUCCCCGCCGACGGUGGCCAUCCUGACGGAGUUCAUCGCCGGCGGCCUGCCACACUCGCAGGAUCGAAUUGCCAUCUUCUACCAGGACUCCGAAAAUGAUCUGAUCUCGGUCCAGACGGAUGCCGAUUUGGAGGAGGCGCUGGUGCAAGCGACCGACUCCGAGGGCAAUGUCGGCGCACAGCCGAUGGUCGGCAUGCACGGGAUACAGAUCCAGCUGUUUGCCUCGCUUCGGGAUGUGCCUCUGCACUCGCCCUCUCCCCAUGGGGGCGUUCACACGCGGAUCCCUUCCAGCUCGUCACAGAGCCGGGCCGAUCGGCCGGGCUUCCCGGUCGGCGGGAGCAGCGCCAACGGCGGGGGGCUGUCCACCGGCGGGAGCGCGACCUCGCUGGUGGGUCCGGCGACGGCGGCGGCGGCGGCGCACACCCCGGCCGGCUCGCCUCGGUUGGCCACCGGCAGUGUGGGCAGCGCCCCUCCCGGCGGUGCGAUGGCGCACUACUCCGGCAAGACCUCGUCGUCGCCGAUGCCGAGCGAUCGACACCGGUCGUCUUCCAGCAGCUCGCUCGGCGCGUCCGGCUCACGCUCACGCUCAUCGUCCCUCUCAGUGGGCGUGUCUUCCGGUGGCUGGCCAUCGGCCGGCGGGUCCAACGUGCAUGUGCUCAGUGCGCAUGUUCAAAGCCUGCGCCAACUGCGCAUGGGGCCAGCCUUGUCGUCGGCGGACAAGCCAUUCUCCAGCUUCCUGGCGUCGGAUCCAAUGACCGGCCAGCUGGCCGUGGUGCAUCGCUUCCACGAGCAGUCCUUCCCGGUGUCAGCCUUCACGGCCCUGUCACUGGAGGGGAGUGGCCCCGCCGGGGGUAGUGACAUGACCCGGCGCCCGGCGCCGGCUGAUGCCGCCGACCAGCUGACAACCGUCUUUUGGAAUAUCCACUUCAUGAUGCGCCUCAAUCCCCUGCACAUACUCCAGCACUACGGGGCCUUCUUCGAUGAGCACCGGCACCUGCUGCUCGUGACGGAAUACGCCACGGGCGGCUCGCUGCGGCGGCUGAUCGACGACGUGCCGAUUGUCCUGCCGGAAAGCCUGUCCCGGCGGUAUCUCCUCCAAGUGGCCAUGUCCCUGCACUACUUGCACACGGCCACGGCCCCGGUGUCGGGUGGCGGGUCGACGCAAUCCCCCGGCCCGGGACCCAGUGGGCCGGUGUCCUCCCCGGCGCCGACGCCGACGCCGACGUCGACGCCGACCCCGCUGCCGGCAUCCGGCUUUGGCCGGGCGCAUGGGGACAUCCGGUCGACGAACAUUUUCUUGUGUGCCUCCACCGGCCGGGCGCGCCUCGGGUCCAUUCGCCUGGAUCUGGCGCCGGUUGCCUCGCCCGGGGGCUCGGCCCAGGGCAGCCCCCCGGCUGGGGUUCUGACCGGCGGCCUCGGGGCCCUGCCGUCGGACUUGGCGCUUGGCCUGGACACCGGGCCGACGUCCUGCCUGGAUGACUUGCACAGCUUGGGCCUGGUGGCGGUGGAGCUGCUGACACGCUUGAAGCCGUCCCGGGUGGGGGCUCUUCUCCGGCCGCCGGCCGCGGCCCAUGCCCUGCUGCAGGUGCUGGUCGGGGCCGGCGCGUCUCCGAUGGCGGUGGACUUUGUCAGCCGGUGCCUGCACUUGGAGCUGCAUCUGCCCCGGAGCCUGAGCACCGAGUCGUUGCCAUGCUUCCCCCUGGGGCCGGAUGGCCUGGGGCCGGUGGGCAGCCAGGCCGGCCUGCAUCAGGCGACCACGGCCGCCACGUCGGCCGUCGGAUCGAUGAACUCCUCGCCGGCCCUGCAGGGGAUGGUCCCCCCGGCCGGGCGGCUGAACCGGGCCAUGUCCUUCAGUGUCGGGCCGGGUGGCGGCCUGGCCGGGCCCGGGCCGGCUUCUGGCAAUGGGCCGGCUUCUGGCAAUGGGCAGGUCCGCCAGCGGCCGCUGUCGGCCAAUUACAGUGCCUCGCCGAGCAUCCCCUCGCCGGUGCCCUUCCGUGGGUUUUCCUGCAUCCGCGAGUGCCUGGCCCAUCCCUUCCUGUCGGGCUACUCGACUCCCAAGCCCCUGGGCGAGUCGGGCCACCUGGUCCUCGGGCAGCCGCCUCAGCCGCCGGGGGUCGGCUCCGUGUCGCUCCUUGGCACGUCGCCCGGUUCGCAUGGGAUCCCGGUGCGCGAGCGUCGUCGGUCUUUCAGCGGUGGCCAGCCGGCCCUGGCCCCGGUGCAGGUGCCCUCCUACCAGGGGACCGGCGUCCCGGGGAUGGGCCAGAUGGCGGCCUCCCCGCCGGCCAGUGACCAGGGCUCCCCGUCGCAAGCCUUCCGCGCGCGAUUCAACUCGCCCAGCCAGACCCCCACUGGCGGCAUUCCUUCGCUGCCUCGUCGCGCCGGUGCCGGCGUCGGUGCCGGUCCAUCGGACAGCGGGCCUCGGCGCACCUCGGCCCCGGUCGGGGACCAUCGUCGGCCCGGGGUGGCGGCUCUGCCGGCCGACUCGCCGCCACCCUCCUCAGCCGAGGAGAUGCUCGCCCCGGCGCCCCGGUCGCGGGCUCGGUCCAGCGCGCCCGCCGCCUCGGCCAGCGGCAUCCACAGCGGCCGGCUCGGUCCCGAUGCCCCGGCCAAUGGCACCGACGACACCACCAGCGGCGGUGGCACCGGCACGGGCGGUGGCUAUGAUGUUUGGUCCUUCACCUCUCUGUCAACCCCCUCCCCCGAGCCCUACACCUCGGUGUAGAUCGUGCGUCUGCUGUAUGCCUGUGUGCGUGUGCCUGUGUGUUUGUGAAUGUGUGUCCGCGCACAUCCCCUCAUGCGUCUUCCCCCUCCUCCUUGUACCAUAUGGCUGGCGAAAGAGGGGGGUCCUCCUCCUUGUUUCUCUCCCCGCCUCCCCUCUCUGCCGCCCUGGGGGCCGAUCUGCGUGCGUGCGCACACGCACGCCGGGCCCCAGACGGAAUACACCCUCGCCCGGCCC